AUAAAGCAGGUUUUGUAUUUAUCCGAUCAUCACCGUAUCCACCGUACGCGUUCACACACACACACUCUCUCUCUCUCUCUCGCUCUCUCUCUCUCUCGGCUCCCUCAGACCCCAGAAUUAGCCAGAAAUAAAAAUACGAGCUUUUUCUUCCUUUCUUCUUUCCGGAGACCGCCUGCCGUGUUGAUUACUCUCCCUCGGUUACGACUCUAAUCUCCGUCUUCUGCUUUUCCUUGUGUCGCUGGUAACUUUCUCUCUGCAAUGAGCGAAGAGGAGGAGAAGGAUCAGAGAUAGAGAGAGGGAGAGAAAGAGGGAGCUCGGGUUUCUGGGGAAGCGGUUCUGAGCUUUAACUUCAGCGUUUCCUUGUCUAGAUCGUUCCACCAAUCCGCGCCGAGCCUUGGUUCUCGCCAUUCUUCCGGGAAAAGGAAGCUUUCGAAACUCGCGCUUUCUCUGCAGCGCUGUUCACGUUUUUUUUGCAUUGAAGAAGAGACGAGGAGGGGUAAAUCGUAGGAUAGAGGUGGAUUUUUGCUGGUUGAAUAAAGCGGAAAUGGCACCCGGAUUUUCUCCAUCUGCUCUCGGCUCGUUCAGCUAGGUAUCGAGUUUGGGACUUCUGGUCGCGAUCCGAACCCUAAAGUUCGGAUCUUGGUUGAUUCGGGUAGAGUUUUCGUGCUGACAGUCUUCAGGGAGGGAGGAACAGCUCCUGCAUGGACGGGAGAGAUGCCAUGGCGAUGUCCGGCCCAUCCUCGUAUUACAUGGCGCAUAGAGGAAUUCCAGGUCCGGGUGCUGGUUCGCAGCCUGGGCUGCAUGGGGCGGCACAGCCCGGGAUCCGGUCGAUGCUGAACCCUGGCACGAGUCUGGCCGUGCCGUCCUCUGGCCUUGGUACGGCAACGUUUCAGGUGGAGUCUCCACCAGCGGUCUCGUCACACGACGGCGGUGGCGGCGAUCUGGGCGAAGGAGGGAGCCAGGUGGAACCGGCGAAGAGGAAGAGGGGCAGGCCAAGAAAGUAUGGGCCGGAUGGGAGUGUAGCUUUGGCUCUCUCGCCUGUUUCCUCGUCCGCGGCUCCUCCAGGGACAGUGAUGGCGUCGGGGUCGGGCGCUCCUACGCAGAAGCGGAGGGGGCGGCCACCCGGCACUGGGAGGAAGCAACAAUUAGCAUCACUGGGUGAAUGGUUUGCUGGUUCAGCCGGAUCUGGCUUCACUCCACAUAUCAUAACAAUUGCAGAAGGAGAGGACAUUGCCGCAAAGAUUUUAUCAUUUUCACAGCAGGGACCAAGGGCUGUCUGUAUUCUCUCAGCAAAUGGUGCUGUGUCUGCUGUGACCCUUAGGCAAUCUGCAACUUCUGGGGGCACAGUCACUUUUGAGGGCCGUUUUGAAAUACUCUGCUUGUCUGGUUCAUACAUGCUGACCAACAAUGGUGGAUCUCAUAGCAGAACUGGAGGAUUGAGCAUCUCUCUCUCUAGCCCUGAUGGUCGGGUAAUUGGUGGUGGCGUAGCAGGGCAGCUUAUAGCUGCAACCCCUGUACAGGUGAUUGUAGGAAGCUUCAUUUAUGCUGGAUCAAAGGCAAAGAACAAAGCAAAAGCCAGCAACGAAACAUGUGCGGAGUCAGAACUUGAGGUUGGGGAUAAUCAAAGUACCCCAUACAGUGCACUCCCGAAUCAAAAUCUUAACCCUUCCUUGGUCAUGGGCAGUUGGCCUGGUUUGAGGCCCUUGGAUACAAGGAAUGCUCAUGUUGAUAUUGACUUGACGCGGGGGUAGCUCUCUAGCUGUUUCCGAGUCAAAAUGGUGGUGCUUGUAUCGGUCAUCAAGUUGCAACACUCGAUGAGACCUGCAGAACUCGCAUUAUUUGUCCAUUAAAUCUCUCGGCUUAUGUGAACAUGCUGCAGUCCAACGGAUCUUAUCACCCCUCUGAUGCUUCUUGGAGAGAUGCUUGCUCUGUGACUUCACUGCUGUACUAAAAGAAUCCAGGUUGGAUAUCUGUUUAAGCUUGCAAUGACAUGUUGUGCUUCUUUGUCAUGCUGCAACUUGUAAUUGAUCAUGGCUUUGUGCUGUCAAAUGUGCUGAAAUGGACUUUCAAUCUUCCUGUUGCUACUUCCA